AUGAGGAUUCUCACUGCCGUUCUCCUCCUGUUCUUCCUCUUCGCUGCACCAUCCACGGCGGAUAUCAACUCCGUUGAGAUCCAAUCCAAGGAAGAUAUCCUCUUCUCGGAGUUUGAAUACUCACAUACCGGCUACGUUUCCGUCUCUGUCUCCUCCGUCGGAAUCUCCUCCACCUCCAACUCAUCACAACCUGCAGAUCCUUCACGUAUUGGUUUCUUCCUUUACUCGCAUGAAUUAUCAGAACGCUACCCCUUCGAAAUCAAACCAAACCCUGAUAUGUGCGCCUUAGAUAUCAAGAACAUCACAGUCCUCUUUACAUUCCAAGAUCUCUCGCCUCCUCCUCACGCAUCCUUUAACACGUCAUACCAUGUUACAUAUCCCGGUAAAUACUCACUCUACUUCGCCAACUGCAAUAACCAAUCCCUCGUGACCAUGAAUCUCCGCACAGAGCUCUACAACGUUGCAGAUGACGGCACCACCAAAGAUUAUUUAUCAGCCGGCCAACCGCAGCCGUAUGUUUACUUUGGAUUCUUCCUCGUUUAUCUGUAUUUUCUAGGGUUUUGGGUCAACCUAUGCUUCAAGAACCAGAAACGUUUUCAGAUGAUCCAUUUACUAAUGGCUAUGUUGAUUUGGAUCACUGUACUUCACUUUAUCUGUUCGACUGCGGAUCAACAUGAUUUGAAGGUUACAGGUACUCAUCAUGGAUGGUAUAUCUUAUUUAACAUAUUUAAGGUAAUGAGGAAUGUGCUUUUGUACACUGUACUCGUGUUGACCGCCGCCGGAUGGAGUUUCCGAAAGCGGGUUUUGCCAGAUUGGGAAAUAAUUCUUUUGACGAUACUGAUCUUAGUUCGUGUUUUGGUUAAUGUGGGUUAUAUAUUGGUAGGGGAAUCCGGCCCUUAUUAUGAAGAUUGGUUGGAUUUGAAACAUAUGAUUAUUCUAUUUAUAGAUACCAACUGUUGCGUCGUUGUUUUCUUCCACACUGCUUUUUUCUCGGAUUUGGCGCUCACAAAGGCUUCGGAUACUUCAAACUUUGGGAUGUCGUUAUCGCUCACGGAUGUGUACUCUUUAAUGGUUUUCGUAUGCCUUUUAAUUAUGGUGUUACAACAAACUGUCUUACAGGAAAGCAGCAGUCUUGUGUUCUAUAUGGUGAUGUUUUACAUGUACAGGCCAUCUGUUCUUCACGAUGUACAGGCCAUCUGUUCUUCACGAAGACGGUGA